UUAGUGCACUCCCAAUGUGGACCAUUUUUUCCAUGCUUGGAAUAGGAGAACGUAGAAGCGACACAUGUUGGUAAUAAUAUUAGUUAGUACUAACUAUAGUAUCUGUCCUCUUUCCCUAAAACAGAAACUAGAUUCUAUUGUAAAUUUAUUAUGCUCUCAACCCGAAGGCCAAGGGGCACUGGCCCAAGUUGCACGAUCCUGCUUCAGGCGCGUCGCUGCAGUGUUGUUUCACACUUUUAAACGACCAAUGAAACAAAGCAAAGCCUAAAAACCCAUAUUGUCAUCACCCAACAAUAACACACCAACAUUCAGCCUAAACACACUGUCCUCAGUAUCAUCUUCUUCUUCUUCUUCUUCCUCUUCUUCAUCAUCAUCAUCAUCUUCACCACUCUCUACUCCUUCCCAUCUUCACAACCAAACCCAUACACCCAAAACUAUGGAAGAGGUAUGGAAGGAGAUUAACCUUGCUUCUCUACAUGAUAACUCUUCUUCCAGGGAAGGCCUAAAUCCCCACAAUCCCCAUUUUAUCCUCCAGGAUUUUCUGGCUAGACCUUUCAGCAAAGACCCACCAGCAAAUAGGGUCUCCGCAAACGGGGACACCACGUUUCUUGUUUCUCCACCACCGCCACCCCCUGCCACUCUUUUGAGCCUGAAUUCGGGUCCCGGCUUUGAUUUCCUUGAUAACUCGUAUCCUCUCAGGUCUAAGCCGCGUUUGCAAAUGCAAAACAACCCCAUCUCGGAUCUGCCCAAUAUGAAUUGCCCAUUUGAAGCUCUAGCUUCGCCUUCUGGUUUGGCUUGUUUUGAUAAGAAAAGGUUUCAAGAUCCUGAUAACAAUUCUGGGGAUCGACGCCACAAGCGUAUGAUCAAGAACCGGGAGUCUGCAGCUCGAUCAAGAGCUAGGAAACAGGCUUACACUAAUGAGUUAGAGCUAGAAGUUGCCCAUCUUAUGGAAGAGAAUGCAAGACUCAAGAGACAGCAAGAACAGCAGUUACGCGUAGCUGCUGCCACCCCACUUUCUGGAAAGCGCACGCUUCAGCGAACGUCAACGGCUCCAUUUUGAGGAAAAGGUGGAUCGAACCCUGCCUUCCGUCCUUGCUUGCCUGCCUUUUAACAAUUAACUUUAAUAUUAUUUUGGCUUCUUAUAACAGCUGCAGACUGCAUUGGAGGGGUUAUGUAUGUAUGGGUGGGUGGGUGGGUGAGUGAGAAGACAUUUUGGCUUGGGUAAAAUAAGGGAAGAAAGAAAGGGAAAGGGCUGACAUAUGUAGCGGGGACUUUAGGUGUUGGAUUGUGUAUGUGGUUAUGGUUAGACUUAGUCAAAAUGUCGUAAUUUGGUGGUUAGUAAGGUUUUUAAUGUUAGCAUAACCAAGAAAACAAGAUGUGACAACUCCCCGUACCCUAGCCGCCUCACUCAGCAGUACCCUAUCUUAAGAAGCCUAGAUUUUAUGUGACUUUAUCCUUUGAAUUCUGUUUACAUUUUCUAUUUCAUUUAAUAUAAUACGAAAACAAAAAUCAUAAAAAAAAAUUACAAUUAAA